AUGCCGCCACCAUCACUUUUGCAGCUCUGCACGGCGACUGCGAUUAGGAACGUGAAACGUAUGCAACGCACAAUCUCACAAUCAGAAGACCUCAACAGGGUACUUACAAUCGACGCUUAUACAGAGUUAAACGACAUCGGCAACAUUCCCUAUGUACUUGCUCGACCAUUUCUACUGAAAGUGGAGAGUCCUGAGAAACUGAGAACUCUGGAGCUACAGUCCCCACAUUUGAUGCGAGAUGACGAAGAACUCUGGCUAGAGUUCAUCAAGAGAGAUAUCCCGCGAUGGGACGAAUACGAUCUACCUGAGAAACCCGAUUGUUGGUAUGACGUAUAUUGUGACCUCCGGGAACAAGUCCAACGGGCAGUGGAAGAGGAUGCUGAAAAGCUGAAGAUGGCUUUAGAUGGCAUCAGCUCGGAGCGUCAGGAGAAGAGUGCCAAACUCGUUACCGACCGACGAAUUAUCGGUCUUCCCCGAGAGAGGCCGACCGCGAGGCAACGAUAUGCUUCAUACGAUCGGAGAUUUGGCGGCUCACCAACGUCGUCAUCCUCAAUGCCCUCCUGGGCUUUUGGUAGGCCGAGGGAGACAAAGAAGAAGAAUAGCAUAUUCACGGCGACGAAGAGGAAUAACGUUCUUGCUGUGCCCACAAAGCACCUUAAUAACAGAGCUACCCAGGUCAGACAGGCUCCGCGCUCGCUUAUCGAGGACCAUAUACGUCCUGCUGAGCCCCCUGUCGCUCGACGCAAGGAGGCCCCAGCUCUGAGAGUGCCUGGUCGGUCACGUCUCCAGAUGAGUGCGCCCUCCGUGAGCCAGAAUAGUCUGGAAGUUGGUCCCAGCUUGCGGGAAAGAGAGGCUCGUUUACGAGCAAUAACCCAAUCGCAUAGCCCUGCCACAUCCGAUAGGCCUAUGGCAGGAAGAAGUGCACAGGCAUCACAGCCAACGAGAGGCCCGUCCGGGUCUCUAUCAGGGGCUGCGGCCAAGAAACAGACCUCCCAACCGCUCGGUAGCAGUGCGACUGGCUCUCAUCAGAAGUCUGCCGUAGAGGACAUGCCAGCGUCUCCGCCACAGCCACCCCGUCCGGCAGUGGUCCGCAAACGUCCUGCCCCGAACCUCUUCAUUCAACCAAAGAAGAAGAAACUGAACUGA